UCGAAAUCCACCGCCGGAUCUGGACACACAAAACCAGAAGGCAGAAGGCGAAGCCGAGGGAAAGCAGAGAGAGAGAGAGAGAGAGAGGCGAAGGGAAGAAACGAAGGAGCGAUGUCGAGCGAUGGCGACAUCGACGAGGACGAGCUCCUCCAGAUCGCUCUGAAGGAGCAAGCGGAGCGCGAUUUGAGCUAUCAGAAACCGUCCAAGACCUCGAAGCCCGUCGUCAACCUCGUCCAGCCCCCGCCGCUGCCGCACUUCAUGGAGAAGGGCCAGGGGAAAGCUAAUGCUAACGCCAGAGGUGGUACCACCGUCGACAAGGGCCAGCGCCGGCCGAGCAGAGGCGGCGCGGACAACGACGACGACUCUGAUGUUGAGCUGCUCAGUAUCUCCUCGGGGGAUGAGGAUACCUCCAGGGAUCGCGGCCCCAUGCAGCGGAAUCGGGAGCGGAGGGCGUCGAGGGACGAUAGGGAUUGGGAGGGGGACGAGCCGCGGAGCUGGAAGAAGGUCGAUGAGGCAGAGCUUGCUCGUAGAGUCCGGGAAAUGCGUGAGACAAGGGCAGCACCUGCUCAAAGCUUGGAGCCAAAAGGGACAGCUCUAGGUCGGAAGGCGCUUACCAACUUACAAUCCUUACCUCGAGGAGUAGAAGUUUUAGAUCCACUGGGACUAGGGGUAAUAGAUAACAAAUCUUUGAGGCUAAUUACUGAAGCUUCAAUAAGCUCCCCAGUUUCUCGAGAGAGGUCUGAUCCAUUGGAUCCCAGUACACGAGAAAAAGUAAUGUAUUCUUCAUCAAAUUUUGAUCCCAAGGUUUUUCUUGCACGGGUUCAUCAAGAGACAAGUGCUGCUGAUUUAGAAUCUGGUGCCCUUACUUUAAAAACUGACCUUAAAGGAAGGACGCAACAGAAAAAGCAGUUAGUGAAAGAGAAUUUUGAUUGCUUUGUCUCUUGCAAAACUACAAUUGAUGAUAUCCAGUUGAAACUGGGGCGGAUAGAGGAAGAUCCGGAAGGUGCAGGUACUGCUCGGUUGCACCAAAUCACUCAAAAUAUCAGUGCAGUAGCAAAUCAUGCAUUUGAGCCUCUAUUUGAGAGGCAGGUGCAAGCUGAAAAAAUCAAAUCAGUUCAAGGAAUGCUUCAGAGGUUCCGCACACUAUUCAAUCUGCCAAGUGCAAUUCGUGGGAGCAUUAGUAAAGGCGAAUAUGAUUUAGCUGUUAGAGAGUACAGGAAAGCAAAGUCGAUUGUGCUUCCUUCUCAUGUGGGAAUACUAAAACGUGUACUUGAGGAGGUGGAAAAGGUGAUGCAGGAGUUCAGGGUUAUGCUUUAUAAAUCAAUGGAAGAUCCACAACUUGACCUAGCUGAUCUUGAGAACAUUGCCAGGCUGUUGCUGGAGUUGGAGCCUGAUUCAGAUCCCUUGUGGCAUUAUCUUAAUAUUCAGAAUCGCAGGAUUCGAGGUUUGCUUGAAAAGUGCACUUUAGAUCAUGAGGCACGGAUGAAAAUUUUGCACAAUGAGAUCUGGGAAAAGGUGCAAUCUGAUGCAAGGUGGAGGCAACUCCAACAUGACUCUAAUAAAUCAUUAGAUGUUGAUUCAUCCAUAGGUGACUCUCUUCCAGUUGAUUCACAGCCAGUAGAUCUGGUGGGGGAAAAGGUGGAUGCUUUAAGAGGAACAUAUAUCUGCAGGUUAACUGCUGUACUUAUCCAUCACAUGCCGCCAUUCUGGAGAUUAGCUCUAUCUGUGUUUAGUGGAAAGUUUGCAAAGGUCACUGCUGGCAAUACACUUCUUGAUUCUGAGACAAAUGUUAAACCUGCUGCAAAUAGGAGUGAGGAUAAAGUUGGUGAGGUGAAAUACUCGAGUCAUUCUCUUGAAGAAGUUGCUGCGAUGGUUCAUGGUACUAUAUCUGCAUUUGAGGUUAAGGUCCUCAAUACAUUUCGUGAUUUUGAAGAAUCAAACAUCCUUUGCCCAUUCAUGAGUGAUGCUAUAAGGGAAAUAGCUAAAACAUGCCAGGCUCUUGAGGGGAAAGAGUCUUCUUCUCCAACUGCUGUUAAAACUUUGCGUGCCCUUCAUUUUGAAAUCACGAAGAUUUAUGUACUAAGGCUCUGUUCAUGGAUGCGGGCAACAACCAAGGAGAUGGCCAAAGAUGAAAUAUGGGUUCCUUUAUCUACUCUGGAAAGAAAUAAAUCUCCAUAUGCAAUAUCUUGCUUGCCCUUGGCAUUUCAAGCAAUGACAAUGUCAGCUAUGGACCGAAUUGAUGUUAUGAUUCAGUAUCUAAGGAGUGAAGCAACCAAGUCAGAUGACAUUUUAGAACAAGUUCAAGAAAUUCAAGAAUCAGUUAGACUUGCAUUUCUCAAUUGUUUCCUGGAUUUUGCUGGUUAUCUUGAACAAAUUGGCGGUGAAAUCUCACAGAGCAAAUCAAACAAAGAAAACAAUCACUUGCAAAAUGUAUAUGUAGAUGGUCUUGGCAGAAAGUCAUCCUGUAUUCAUGUUGGUGGUGGUGCUGCUGAUUCCCACAAUAAGCUAUUAAUAGUUCUGAGUAACAUCGGUUAUUGCAAAGAUGAGCUUUCACAUUGCUUGUAUGACAAGUACAAGCACAUAUGGCUGCAAUAUAGGGAUAAGGAUGAGCUAUAUGCUGAUACACGAGACCUAGUAACAUCAUUUUCGGCGCUUGAAGAGAAGAUCCUUGAACAGUAUACAUUUGCAAAGUCAAAUUUGAUUAGAACUGCUGCUUUAAACUAUCUGCUGGAUUCUGGGGUUCAAUGGGGAGCAGCACCUACUGUGAAGGGUAUUCGAGAUGCAACGGUCGAGUUACUGCACAUCCUUGUGUCUGUGCAUGCAGAGGUAUUUUCUGGUGCUAGGCCAUUGUUGGAGAAGACAUUGGGUAUUUUGGUGGAGGGCUUAAUUGACACAUUUCUCAGCCUUUUCCAUGAAAACAAAACUAAGGAUCUGAAGUCAUUGGAUGCAAAUGGCUUCUGUCAGCUUGUGCUUGAGCUUGAAUAUUUUGAAACUGUUCUGCACACGCGCUUGCACAACAAUAUAGUACCGAACUUCUCGAAGGGGAGCUAGAGAGGACUCGUUUGAAUGUAGCAUGCUUCAUGGAAUCUUUGCUUCAACCGAGCUUUGCCUCAGGAGCCACAAAACCUGCUUAUUCUUCCUUCCAAGGUCCCACUGCUUCUCCAAAAUACAGGAGGCAGCAAACAGUAAAUUCAUCAGCAGUUUCUCAUAGACGCAGAUGAGUGAUGGGAAGAAAAGUUGCUAUCUGUUGUUCAUUUGUCCUCUCAUUUUUUUUGUGGUUUCAAGAUGAGUUAUUGUUACUGAUGAUUUUCUUAUCCUGUAUAUUGGUAAAUUUUUGGGCUGUUGUCUGGGUUUUUGUAGAUUUUUUCCUUGUGAGUUGAGACGUUCUGGUGAGCCUUCCUGUAUAUUUUUACAAUGUAGAAAUAUAUUGAUUUGAAUAUAGAAUAUUCUUGUGAAGACAAA